UCGUGCUUACAAAGGUUGUACGUUGGGGGCUAUUAUUAUAGUGGGCGUGGCAAUGGUUGCCGUUUAAUUCGGCCACUUCAACGUUGUUUGCUUAGAAAACGAUUUUGUCCUCAGGCAUUACAUUGGUAUUGGUAUUUUUGUGUGGGUUUUUUUCUGUUUUAUCUAUUUAGUUCGGUUGGUCUUUUGGGUUGAGUGGUUUUUCUUGAGGUAGGCCCUUAUGAGUUGAUGUUUCUCAUAGUUUUGGGGGGGUUGGGUAGUGGGUCAUUGGUAGGAGGAAGAGUAGUUCUUUUAAUUGUCUCUGUUUCAUCGGGUGGGGGGGGUACUGUCUGAAUAAUAUAAAUUAGUUGUGAUUGUAUGUUUUUUACUACAGGACCUUUGCGAGGCCAGUGUUGGAGGAACAUUUCAAUGCCACCAUUCAUUUUGGAAUGAGUCUCAUGAAGCCAGGGAAACCAACAACCUUUGCUACCGUCAACAGAGGUGGAAAAACAAAGCUAGUGUUUGCUCUUCCAGGUAACCCAGUGUCUUCAGUGGUAAGCUUCUACCUGUUUGUGGUGCCAGCUCUGAGGAAGAUGGCUGGCUGGAGACACCCCCACCUCUCACCCAUCUUUGUCAAGUUGGAGCACUCUAUCUCCCUCGAUCAAAGACCAGAGUACCAGAGAGCCCUCGUCAACUGGAGCCCCUCCUCUGACGACCAAUUUCUUCCCUCGGUGUCCACCACGGGGAGUCAGUGCAGCAGUCGUUUGCUCAGCAUGCGGUCGGCCGAUGUCCUACUGGAGCUGCCUGCUAGGAGUGAGGGCAGAGCUAAGUUGGAGGCUGGGGCUGUCGUUAAAGCUCUGCUGUUGAGGUAGUGUGUAACUGUUUCCUAGAGAUCUUUUCAGGAAGCUCAGAACUUCUACAUACAGCAAGCUCAGCUGCUAUAUAGAGUAAAUUUUGAGACUGCUAUAUACUUGUACAUAGCUGUCUUUUAAGCUAUUUGUUCUGAGGACAAAAGUGUGUUCAAAAUUACAAGUCAGUUUUAGGUCUGCAAGCUGCGAAGUGCAAAGCCUGUGAGUUGCCUUACUGUAAAGCUACUAUUGCGGCAGCUAUUGAAUUUGUAUGUACUGUCGGCUACAGUCAAUACGCAAGUAGUUUACUAUGAAGAGAUUAGAUGAUGUGGGGAGAUUUCCACUUUUGGGAUUAAGGGGAUUGAGAUGAAGUUGUCUGUAGGGGUCAUAGUGGUGCAGUCGAUUUUAGUCACUUUUCCGUUGUGACAAAACAUAAAACAUAGAUCCAAGUCUGGAGUGGGGAGAGGUACAUACAUUACAGUAUGUAGCCCGGCAUUUCGAGUGGUUCAGGCCUCAGUAGACUCCUCCCCCUAUCUGACGCUGGUCCCUUGGUCGUGGGUUGGGAGCCAGGAGCUGUCGCGAAACACUUCCAGAAACGAAGGGUUUCGUCUGCACCGGCGCUGGCUACGCUGUUUCCGUCGUGACUCGGGGCAAGAUGAAGGAUCCUGCCCUGGUGGCCACGGAGGAGGCAGCACGGGAGAGGGACGGGUAGCUCCAGACGAGGAGCUCGUUGUGGGGGUGGCCGUGGGAGGAGAGGAGCUCUCUGUGCUGGGACGACCACACCAGACCAAUGACCUAGUGUGGGUGGGGACCGACAUGUUUGU